CGAUUGCCUGGAUAUUGGUUCCUACAUUUGUAGUUUCGUUAUAUAUUUCAAUUUCACGAUGGAACCAUCGAAUGACUCCACCACCAUCAACACCCAUGAGCUCAGCGAAUCCACCUCCCCCCAAGCCACAUUCUCCACAAAAAGGGGUAUUGAGAGAUGGUUUUUUGGUCUUCAAUGAUAAUAGCAAGAGCUCUGGCAAGCGAAUGAGUCUAUACAGUCAUUCAAACAGAUCCACACCUCAUGUGAGAACCUUCUCCUGUCCAAAUAGCUUUGGCAACUCCACUCCUAAUCUUUUGAGUGACUCAUCAUCCACUGCCACCCAAUAUUAA